UUCACCGUUGUUUAUUUUUCAAAAGGACAACCAUAAAAAAAUAAAUUCAAAUUUAACCAGCGCCAAACGCAAAGGGGAAGACUUUUAUUGUGAAUCUGUUUCGUGUGGGUUUCUCAAAGCUAAAGGAGGCAUCGCACAUUUUGCUGGUUCUGAUAGGUUGUGAGGUGCGUUCAGGAUGAAGGUGCUUGGUUGCUUUUUCGUUGUCUUAUUGACUGUUUUGUCUUGUUCGACAACUGUUAAUGCAUUCGUUGAGGGACUAUAUUGUGGAACUGAUAAUUGUUAUGACGUGUUGGGGAUAACGCGAGAAGCUACCAAAAGCGAGUUGUCGCGAGCAUACAGAAAGCUCGCUCGAAAAAUCCAUCCUGAUGUUAAUAAAGGAGACGAAGACGCUGCUGUAAAAUUUCGAAAAAUCGCUACUGCGUAUGAAAUACUGAAAGAUGAGGAGCAACGGAAAGAUUACGAUUAUAUGUUGGAUAAUCCUGAGGAAGCCUACUACCAUUACUACCGAUACUACAAACGACGAAUGACACCAAAGGUUGACGUUCGUAUUGUUCUUGCCGUUACCGUAACAAUAGUGUCGGUCCUUCAAUAUUUGCAAAAGAUGCACCGUUACGAUGAAGCUGUUCGCUAUGCCAUGCAAAACCCAAAAUUUCGCAACCAAGCUUUAGAAAUUAUCCAUCGACAAGGAUUGUAUCAAGAGAACAACAAGAAGGCGAAGAACAAGAAAAGUAAAGAAGAACGCAAACAAGAAGAAGAGCGCAUUCUGAAGGAAGUUGUAGAAGAUUCGAUUGACAUCCGUGGAGGGUACGGCAAGCCGUCAUACAUGGAUGUUUUGUGGGUUCAACUUAUAUGUCUACCGUAUUAUGCUGUUAUUUACAUCAAAUGGAUGGCUCGAUGGAUAUGGAAAUUCUGGAUCUUAAAACAAGAAUUCGGACAGGAGGAAAAAGAGUAUUUAACGUAUAAAAAUCUUAAUCUUUCUGCCCAUUAUUGGGUAGCAUUAGAUUCGUAUUCCAAAGAAUCUUACAUGGAAAAAGAGUUAUGGAAAGCUGAUAAGCUUAAAGAAUAUAAAGAGGCGCUGGAAGAGGAAUACAGAGUAAAGCUGGCAGAAAGUGGUCGACACAAAAUGUGGAGACGUUACAUGAAGAAAGGAGGACCUGGACAAAUGACAUUUAUGGAAGAAUAAACUAGAAUUAUUUUCAAUAUAUUUUUACCACAUGGUUUGCAAAAUAAGUACUCCGAAAUUUUCUAACGUCUUAUUCGCGAAAUUAAGUUCUUCGAAAUAAAUAAGCUUGGAGCUAGAUGUCCAACAUUCGUAAUUGUAACCAAAAGGUUUAAGAGGCUUGUUUGUUUUAAGGUCGAAAUUUUCAACAUUUUCCUAAAUCACGGAAAAGGAGUAAUCGCGACGAUGUUAAAUUUUCUUUAAAAAAGUAUUUUUAUGGUACUAAUUUUCGCGGCUUUUGUGGGAAAAUUUGCAAAAUUAUGUACCUGCGGAAUAUUCCACUACUAUUUGCGAAAUUAAUACCCGCGAAAUUUAAAUUUUUUGGAACCACGAAAAUAAAAUUUAUCUUGGUCAGCAGAAUUUUUUUUUUUUUUUUUAAUUUAUUUUUGAGUAUAUGAAGUGUUUAAUAUAGUAGUAGCUACUUUUCUUGUUAGAUUUGGAAUUCAUUCAAUGAAAUACAUUUUAGUUAGUACUAUAGGUUUGGUUUACCAUAAGGCAAAGUUGUGCAAGGGAAAUAAUUUUCUAUUACAUGAUGAAAUAUUUCCUUAAGGCCCAAUCUUUUUUUUUUUUGCAAAUUUUAAAAGGAAAAUAAAUUGUAUUUAUAAAUAUACAUACAUAUAUUUCUAUGUAAUUUUCUUUGACAUAAAAAUUUCUUACAAUAA